UGUAUUGUAUAAAAUAUACUUUGGAAUUUUGGAUUAUUGUGUGAGGCCCCAAAUAAGAAAUGCCCAACGCCACACCAAAACUUCCGAUUGCCUCUAACGAUAACUCCAAACCUCAAAAGUUCCGAACUUUCCUUUUCGCCGGAACUCGGUGGUGAUUCAAUAGUCCCGCCGCCUUACUGGUGGUUGUGUUCGCCGGCCGCCGUGCUCUUCCGAUUGCCGGAAUUCCAUCUCUUAUAAUUCUGCAGCUCACACUAAGAACUAAGUAGCCAUUAUCAAUAAGCUGGGACUAAGGAUUCCAUUUAGAUGGUGAUAAUGGCAAUAUGUGGUCAUGCAACUCCUGCAUCUAAAGACAGCUUGCAGCCUAUCACUGAAAUGAGCCAAGCAAUGACCAUAUGUCCAAUUGUCCGUAUCUGUCUUCUUCCAAAUCUUCAAUUCGAGUCUAUAAGUUAAGUCAUCAUGGUCCACUUGUGGAUAAUAUAUGGAGGAAAUGGGGUUGACAACUAUAUUCGAAUCUGAACUGAAGCCGGCCCGAUUCGGAUUUGCUAGGAGCCUAAGAAAGAGUCCAAAUCCUUAUAGGAGGCAGGUUGGACUUGGAUCCUGGUCUGACUUGUGUUCACUUGACCAGUCAAUAGACGGAAUUUUUAAAAAUUGUUGUCUAAAUGAUUCUUAUAUCAAAUAACCUAAACCAUAUCUUAGCCGUCCCUUUUCUCAUCACCUUCUCGACCUCCUUCCAUCUCUCCAGCCUCCAUUUUAGAUCUUCCUUUCCUGUUUUUUCUGUUUUCAUUCUUCCUCUCUUAAUUUGCUUAUCCCUCAUCUCCUAGAGGAUUAAGGGUCAAGACAGCAUAAUAAUAGAGGUCAUGCAGAUUUACCAAAAAAAAUGAAAAUUUCGUCAACGAAACCAUCUCCUUCAACCAUCUUUAAACCCACUUAGCUGUAUACAAGAUGGAGCUGAAGAACCAGACUGAAAGUCAAGACAACACUCAUGAAAGGGAUGAAAAAUCAUCAAUUGAGCUAAAGGUUCUGUUUUUUGCCAGAGCCCGGGAUCUGACUGGGCUAGCUGAUAUGUCACUGGAGGUAAAAUCUGGUAGCACAGCUCGUGAUUGUUUAGAUAAGAUUGUCACCCAGUUUCCAGGUCUCGAAGAGUUACGAGGGUGCAUGGUGCUGGCUUUGAAUGAGGAGUAUGCAUCUGAAUCUGCUAUUGUUGAACAUAGGGAUGAAUUAGCCAUUAUACCACCAAUUAGUGGAGGCUGAUAAUUCCUUGUAUACAUUUCACUUUUUAUACUUUUGGGCCUUUUGAUAUCCUUGUAACUCCCUUGUAUAAAAUAAAAGAAAAAAUUCCUUGACCAAUGUAAUAUGCAAGCUAUAGACUUUGUUGCAUAAUUUCAUUUAUGCUUCCUGUGUAAACAGAUGUAUACCAAACAUGCUCUCUGAAUCAAGCCUUUGAGGGAAUUUUAGAAAUUGCUCUGCAAGAGUUGCUAAUAAGUUCAUAAGUUCAUUAA